AUGACGCUGUCGGAAAAGUUUGGGGCCGUCUACGACGACAAUGAGGAGCUCAAAAAGGAGUGCGCCAACAUCAUGUCCAUCUUCAAUCUCUCCGAGGAAGAUCUGUUCAUCAAAUGGGAGUGUUUUGCCAUCAACACCAACGGCGACGAAAAGACAGACUUGGACCUGGGCAACCUGUCCAAGCUCAAAACGUAUCUGCUGAAGGAGAUUGAGAAGGCCAAGAAGGCUAAGACGACAACCCCGCGUCCGAAAAUGCGACGAAACCGAGAAGGAGCAGGAGAUAUGGAUCUGUUCGACCAACUGACCCAUAGUGCUCUUGGAAGUGCUAAACGAGGACCUGCUGGAGGUGACAACGACCAGACCCCCGUCAAGAAACGUCCCCAGCCCAAUGGUACAGGAAAUGGACUGUCCAUGUCUCCACCUCUGUCUGUGACUCCCAUCAGAUCAACUCCCCCUCCUCCAUCUAACUCCGCCUACUCUUCUCGAAAGGGAGCAGGCACGGUUAUGGAGACCCUCAACAGCUCUAUCGAGCUAAACCCAGGCCGAGCCGACCCAGAAACCAAGAUCGCCAUAUCAGAUCACGUACAAUCCGCCAAAUACAAGUACAAAACCAUGUACCAGAAGGUGUCUGAGGCGUCUGAGACCUUGGACGAACAGAUUGAACAAUACAUGGAUUGGUGUGUUCAAAAGGGACUGGUUAAAUCGAACGCCGAAUUUAAGAACCCUUCUCUCAGUGACCAGAACUCUAUUGUUUGUGCCGGUCGAAUUGUCCUUGACACUCCUGAAACUGUGAGACUUACAGAUGCCUCUGUGUUGCUGGAGACUCCCCGAAGCCGUGGAGGAGCGCUACGAGUGAAGCUCAAUCUCUCCUUGCUUCCCUCCGUGUCUCUUAUUCCGGGCCAGCUACUUGCGCUCAAGGGUGUCAACUCCAGUGGACGAGAAUUUGUGGUGGAAGAGAUUCUCAAGCUGGACCCUCCUCCUUUCAGACAGGUGGAUAAUGUGGCAGAAACCCCUUCUCUGACCCAAAUCAUCGCCGCAGGCCCUUACACCACAACCAAGGAUCUCGACUUCCUGCCUCUCAAGGAUCUUCUCGCACAACCAGCAGAUACUUUCAUUCUCCUGGGUCCAUUCAUUGACUCAGUGCACCCGCUAGUCGCCCAAGGAAGCUUUUCGGUGCCUGGCAAAAUGGUGGCCACCGUGGAAGACCUGUUCAGACACAAAAUCGCGCCUCUUCUCAACGCAUGCCCCGCACAGAUCAUUCUCAUCCCUUCCACUAGAGACUCAGUGUCGGCCCACCUUGCAUUUCCCCAACCGGCUCUGGCUCGAAAGGCGCUCAAUUUGGGCAAGAACGUCAUCUGCCGAACCAACCCGGCCCAGUUUUCCAUCAACGAGCUCAUGUUUGGUACUGCCAACCUCGACAUUGUGCGAGCUGUCGCCCAGAGUGAACUCAACAAGGGCUCGCAGGAAGAUUUCAUGUCUCGCGCAGGACGAUAUGUGGUGGAACAGCGGUCCCUGUACCCUCUAUUGCCUGGUCCUCAGGCCAAACAACCCGGCGUGGCUGAGGAGAAUCAGACGCUGACGUACCACCAUCUGGACAAGGCGUACUUGGGCCUGUGUGACUUUGUGGACGUGUCUCCAGACAUUAUCAUCAUGCCCUCGCAGGUGCAAGCGUUUGUUCGGGUGGUGAAUUCGAUUGUGAUUAUCAACCCGGGCUAUCUCACGCGAAUGGACAGUGGAGGAUCGUAUGCUUUGUUGACAUCGGCCCCUUACCAGGGAGGAGACGCCAAAGCAUGGGAAAGAGUACGAGUUGACAUUAAGAAGAUCUAA